GUACAUAUAUCCAGGGCUGACCUCUGCAGGUCCACAUCUUCACUCAGACACACUGUUCACAGCACAACUCUGAGCUGAGACUCUCCAACCCAGAAGAUGCAGGAGAACAGGACCCAGAAGUUUGGAGCCGAGCUGCAUCAGCGAGGUUUCUUCAGGAAGAGCACCACCUACCUGGCUAAGAUCGCUGUCGUCCUCCAAGGUGCUCCAAGCAAGAUGCUCACCUUCACUCAGUUGAUGGGCAGGCUGGCCCCACUCAUCUGUGAAGACAGGAAAUCUGUUGAGAACAACAUCAGAGUCUGUUUGUCAACACACUCAUGUUUUGUCAAGAUUCCUGUGGUCCCAGAUUCAUUCCACAGUAAGAGGAACUACUGGAAACUGGACCCCGGUCAGAUCACUGCAAAGAUGGUGCGGCGUCACUUUAAAGGAACCCUGCAGCUCUUCCCGGAGUUGGCCUGCAAAGUGGAACCAGAGGACAGGAGCAGCAGAGCCUUGAAGCACUGCUCAGAUCUCCACUCUCCUGAGGCUGCCGCCUGCAAACCCGCUCAGAUCACACGGGACACAAAGUUCAGCAGUCCUUUCUCCAUCGAGUCCCUCCUGAAGAGAGACGCUCCCUCCAGACCCUCUCCUCUCUCCAGUGGGCCGGUCAGAGCCGAGCAGCAGCUCAGACAAGUCAGGACCAAGAGGAGCCUCAGCUGGGACUCUGAGGAGCAUCUCCUCCUCGAGGCUCCAGCUGGAAGUUCUCUCAUCUGCUCAACAGGGGGCAGCACACACCACGAACUCGCUGCUAAGAGAAUGCAUAUGAGCACAGAGUGUUCAUUCCCCACUUACACAAGGGCUGCUCCUUAUUUCAGCAGCCCACACAGCAGUUACAUCACUUACUCUCUACCAGCAUUUACCCAUGAUACCCUCUGUUUCUGGCUGUGA